GGCGGGGGAGGGCUCGGAGGCUGCUCACAUCCGCCAGCUCCGCGUUCCCGCCGGCCCCAGCUCCAGCCCCCGAGCCCACCGUGCAAACAUGCUUAGACAGAGAAGAGAUUAACUUCAGUGGCUUCCCACUAAUUACAGAGAUUAAGAAGUGGCUGCCUGAACUAUUUUCCAAAGGAUACACAUUACAAACUAUUGCAUAGGGGCAGCUCACCAAGAAGAUCCUAUUGGUUUGGGGGAACGCAACUUCCAGCAGCCACAAGGGAUGCUGCUACUCAGGUGCCAACUGAAACAAGCUCCUCCACAGAAGGUUUGGUGUAGGUUUUGUGCUGUGAUGGGGAAACUGCAAAGCAAACUCAAACACAGCACUUACAAAUACAGCAGGCCUGAUGAAAUUAUAGAAGAGAGAAUUCAGACUAAAGCUUUUCAAGAGUAUAGCCCAGCUCACAUGGAUACCGUCUCUGUCGUUGCUGCUUUGAACUCAGAUGUUUGUGUCUCUGGAGGGAAAGAUAAGACAGUUCUGGCGUAUAAUUGGAAAACUGGAAAUGUGGUGAAAAGGUUCAAAGGACAUGAACAUGAGAUCACCAAGGUAACCUGUAUUCCCAAUUCCAGCCAGUUCUUCAGCGCCUCUCGUGACAGGAUGGUCAUGAUGUGGGACUUGCACAGUUCCUCACAACCAAGGCAGCAAUUGUGUGGCCAUGCCAUGGUGGUCACCGGAUUGGCUGUGAGUCCAGACUCAUCACAGCUGUGCACUGGCUCUCGGGACAACACCCUGCUUCUGUGGGAUAUGGUGACAGGACAGAGUGUGGAAAGAGCAUCUGUCUCCAGGAACGUGGUCACUCACCUGUGCUGGGUCCCCAGAGAACCAUACAUACUACAGACCUCUGAAGAUAAAACCCUCAGAUUAUGGGACAGUCGGGGGCUGCAGGUAGCUCAUAUGUUUCCUGCAAAGCAGUACAUUCAGACCUACUGUGAAGUCAGUGUGGAUGGACACAAAUGUAUCUCCUGCAGCAAUGGCUUUGGAGGAGAAGGCUGUGAAGCCACGUUGUGGGACCUAAGACAGACUCGAAACAAAAUAUGUGAGUAUAAGGGGCAUUUCCAGACUGUUGCAUCCUGCGUCUUUCUACCAAGAGCAUUGGCCUUGAUGCCUUUAAUUGCUACCUCAUCACAUGAUUGCAAGGUGAAGAUUUGGAACCAAGAUACUGGAGCCUGCCUUUUCACCUUGUCUCUGGAUGGAUCAGGACCCUUGACUUCUCUGGCUGUUGGUGACGCCAUCUCCUUAUUGUGUGCAAGUUUUAACAGAGGAAUUCACUUACUCAGAAUGGACCACAGCCGAGGGCUGGAACUGCAGGAAGUGGCAGCAUUCUGAGGCCAAGAGACACUCACUGGACAAUAUCAAACCAUGGCCCUUUCUCAGCGUGGCUUUGUGUCUUUCCCAUUUAUCUUGUGGGGAGUGGGAUGUAGGGCUGGUAUUCUUUGCUUAGGUUCACUUAGAAGAUGUAGCAGUGUUGUAAGUCAAAUAAUUUAAGUCCAGUGAUUCAAAAUCAGGCAUAGAGUCCAGAAACAUGGACUACACAUAAAGUUCUCUAUUUAAGUUAAAUACAAAUGCAACUUUUUAGUGAGCUUGUAGGACUACUCUUCAAAAAAAGUUUAUUGCUCAGAAUGAUGACCUGUAAAUGUAAGAGUGGCAGGCCUCUGUCUGUGAAAGUCAGAACACAGGGCUCAAGCCUUUGAAACUGACCCUUUCCAAGUCUUCACAAAAGAAAAAAGGCAAUGGGGAGAGAGAGUGUUUUGGUUACAUCAGAAAUAAUUGAGAUGGGAAAGAAUAGUGCAGCUCCAUAGAGGAGACAGAGUGUAGACAAUGAGAUUAAGCUUCAGUCACUGCUCCUCAGCAAUGUGAAGAAUCAAAGUCAGGGCAAGCAAGCGAAAGCUUGGACUUCUAUUCAAAGUGGCAGCAGACUGGGAGGGCGGUGCCCUUCUAGCCCAAUGCUGCUGAACUUGUGUGAAAAUCAGACCUGAGAUGGCUUGAAGCGGCCAAGAAUCACAUGGGCAUUGCCCAGAAUUACAGGAGUUAGCACAUCUGCUCUACAGAUAAGAAAACAUUGAAAUUCAAAGGUUAAGGCCAAAAAUAUCUCACUUGCAAUUUUAAUAUUUUUAUUUGGAUUUAUUUAAAUGAAACAUAUAUAUAUAUAUAUAUAUGUUUUGGAAUGGCCAGAGUGAGGCAAAGGGGAUCCCUGAAAUAACAUUAGAACAUACAGGAAAAACGAGGCAGGCGGAUCACUUGAGGUCAGGAGUUGGAGACAAGCCUGUAUGCGCGUGCCUGUAGUCCCAGCUACUCAGGAGGCUGAGAUGGGAGAAUCACUUGAAGCUGGCAGGCAGAGUUUGCAGUGAGCUGAGAUUGUGCCACUGCACUCCAGCCUGUGUGACAGAGUGAGAGACCUUGUCUUGAAAAAAAAAAAAAAUACAGGAAAAAGAGGGAUGGAGUCAACUGUGCCCCGACAUUAAGCCCCCUUCAGUGAGGAGGGGCAAGGUGCUCAGGCCUGCCUGUGUGGCCCCCAGGAGUCAGACCUCAGCCUCAUGCUCACAGGCCCAUUUUCAUCCAGGGAAAAUGGAGUCCUUUCUGCCUUCAGAGAUGCCCACACAUAAGGCACAUGAGGCCUGGAGAUUCCUUUUCUGACAAGUCCCAGCCAAAGAAAGAUUUUGCAUUUGUCUUCUCUGGCCUCUGCUUGUCUCUGAUACCAGUGGCUGACAGCCACCUUCCUUGUUCCCUCUCUUGGUGUGACCGUGGCUAACUGCAACCUCGAUCACCAGGGCUCAAUCAAUUCUCCCUCCUUAGCCUCCUGAGUAGCUGGACUGCGGGCAUGCACCACCACACCUGGCUAAUUUUUUGUGUUUGUGUAGUCUCCUGGGCUCAAGUGAUCCAUCUGCCUCAGCCUCCUUAAGUGUUGAGAUUAUAGGUAUGAGCCACUGCAUCCAGCUGAGAGUCUGUUCUUAAGCUAGUACAAAGAGUCAGAUUGGACUUUGAAUCUCCACUUCUCCAUUUAGCUGGAUGAUCUUGGGCAAGUUAUAAAAUCUGUUUCCUCUUCACUUUAUAACAUGGGGCUCAUGAUCAUACCUCACCACAGGGCUGUUCUGAAGACUGGACAUAGCUAUUUUAAAUGCUAGGAAAGGCCAGGUGCAGUGGCUCCUAGCACUUUGGGAGGCCGAGGCAGGAGGAUCACCUGAGGUCGGGAGUUUGAGACCAACCUGACCAACAUGGAAAAACCCUGUCUCUACUAAAAAUACAAAA